AUGAACGCAGGCGGAGCGAACGGCGGAGGAGACGGCAAUGCGCCGGCCGGGACAGAGUACACGCUGCAGGGAGUAAUGCGCUUUCUACAACUCGAGUGGCACAACCACGAGCGCGCUAGGAAUGCCUGGGACAUUGAGCGGGCCGAGAUGAAGGCCAAGAUCGCAAAGCAGGAGGGCGAGGUGCGCAGCGCGAAGAAGCUGAACGACCAGCUGAACAAGCACAUCCGGAUGCUGGAGCAUGCUCUGACGAACGAACGGAAUAAGAACAAGAUCGGCGGCGAAGCCCAGCCUUCAGACGACAAGAAGGAGGCCAAGGCCAAGAAGGGCGGCUUGAAGCGUGCGUUGAACACCCAAAACAAGCACCACAACUCCUUCCUCGACGUCGACUCCGAGUUCCUCGACCGACCAGAUGCAGACCGCGAGGGCUUGCGCGAGAAGUCCAAGCUGUACCUCACGAAAUGCGUCGAAGAAAUAACGUAUCUGCUGACACCACCGCCGCAAGUCCCAUCACACCAGCCUGGCAUGCAUGGUUUGGGCAACGGCGCUGGCUUUCUGAACCACGGCGAUGCUUCUAUGGAUGAAAUGUACAUGCAGCAGCACCGCCAGAAGAUGCAGUCGCAAUUGCCCACACUGCCGAAUAACUCGAUACCAAAUCACCAGCCACCUGUGAACUCCGACUACCAGAAUAUCGCUCACCACCCGCAAAUGCACUCUGCGCCUCAGAUGACCAGGGAGCCGUCCGGACAACAGCCCUUACCCCAGCACGCAGGCAUUCCUGCUGAGUUUCUAGGGCAACAACAACAGUCGCAACCCCAGGCCCAGUCUCAACAACACCACUUCUCUUCUGUUCCUGAAGAGCAGGUAGAGAAGGUCACACACACCUACGACAACCACGGCCGUCAAAUACCGAACCGCGAAGAUGCCAACCAGAACGCCGGGCAACCCAUUGCUGAUGACUCGGAAAGCUGGAACUUCGAGGAGCCUAUCAGCGAGAUCCCUCAGGACAACUUUGGCCCGAGGAGACCGGACACAGAGAUGUUCCCAAACGCAAAUCAAAUUCCGCCAAAAUCGCCCCCACGAGUUGGAAAAGGCAGAAGGGCGAGCGCCGACUACAAGCGCAAAGCUAGCAGCGAAUUGCAGAGCUUGAAUGCGGUAGCGCCCGGUGCAAGGACGGAUACUCAGAGUUUCAAGGUUCGAUUCGCACUGCGCGGCCAUCUUGAUGUCGUUCGAGCAGUCAUCUUCACUGGUGGUGGCAGCCCAGCCGAGCCGGAAAUUUGCACCGCAGGCGACGAUGGCAUGAUCAAGAGAUGGAUCAUACCAGCGAGCUAUGCCAAUCAACACAGCAUGAACAACGAUCUGGACAUUGCAUCAUUCUGGUCACACAGGGGUCACGAGGGUGCAGUAACAUCUCUCGCCGCGUGUCCCGCUUCUGCCCAUUUUGCGACUGGUGGUCGAGUAUCAGGUGAUGGAUGGAUAUUCUCAGGUGGCCAGGAUGCCACCAUCCGUGUUUGGGAAAGAGGCCGGGUUGAUCCCAAGGCUACUCUCAAUGGUCACAAGGAUGCUGUCUGGACAGUCUGCGUACUGCCCACAACAUGUGCAUCUGUGUUUGGCGCAGAUUGCAGCAAUUACGGUGGUCCUGACCGGAUCUUGUUAGCUUCUGGCUCAGCGGACGGCACCAUCAAGAUCUGGGCUGUCAGCGCACCACCACAGCUGGUUUCGCCGCAGACUAACACACGCCGUGGCGGCAGUCGAAGACACUCGGUGACAUCUGGAUCCAACUACCCAUCCUCGCCGCAACCCAGUGUUGCUACAUCGACUCUCUUCCAUCACAUACUUGUCCACACCAUUGAGCGAGCGACCCAUCCAUCUCCAACAUGCAUCAGUCCCCUAUCGCUGAACGGAGAGAACUUUGUCGUGUCAUUCACGGAUGCAUCAAUCAUGGUAUACGACACACGGACAGGAGAGGAGCUUGUCGGCAUGGCUAGUAAUGAAACCUAUGAUGGCACACCUGCGACAGGUAUCACCUCUGUGGUCACAAGCUCGCAGAACACCGAAUCCACCACCCAGGAUGCGGCAAGAGGGGAAGACGAUGCUAUUCAUGGACCUACAGGGUCUAACAGUGGCGGUGGCCUUGAGGGUGUGAUCAUCAGUGGGCACGAAGACCAGUUCAUCCGUUUCUUCGAUGCAAACUCUGGUCAAUGCACAUAUAGCAUGCUGGCCCACCCUUCCGCCAUCUCCUCCCUCUCGCUCAGCAAAGACGGUCGAGAAGCCGUUUCCGCCGGUCACGAUGCAUCGAUCCGUUUCUGGUCGCUGGACAAGCGGAUCUGCACACAGGAGAUCACCGCCCACCGCAUCAUGCGUGGCGAGGGUGUCUGCAGCGUAGUCUGGAGUCAGGACGGCCGCCUUGUCGUCUCGGCGGGCGGUGACGGUAUUGUGAAGGUUUUCGCAAGAUAGCGUCUUCGCAGACCGCAGAACCCCACCUGUCACGACUCACUGAAGGGCACAUAACGUCGUACGGCAUUUCCUAGUCGAUGCAUUUCUAGCUGGAUCAUACCCCGCGCUUUUCUUUUCACUUGAAACUUGAUGGCAUCAUGUAGCUGCACGAUUGAUGGAACCUGGCAUGGAUAUGGUAAUUUUACGCACUGGGUCGCGACAUCACCUUGUUGAGAUGGCAUGGGCAUUGUCAGGUGCAUAGCUCACGGGUCGCUUCGCUUCAGCUGUACUAUAUAUAUUUGACUACAGCCCGAGGGCAACGCCUGCUGAAGUCACUCUGCAUUUUCGAACGAAGAUAUGCUUCUCUUCUGAUGACGAAGUUCACGGGUACGGUAACCAGUCAACGGACCGAGCACAAUAUUGAAGCCCACUACAUCCUUUGUCGAAUCCAGCCAGCGCAUCGCGAUGGGAUGCUUUCGGGUGGAGUGCCGAUGGGCUACACUGCUCGUCGA